UUCAUUUCACCAUUUUCUGUACUCGUCAAUAUUUAUUCAACAUCACUUCAAAUUAAAUUUCAGUUAACCUUGCACAAAUGACGGAAUAUGGAGGUCAGGCCUCCCAAAGUUCAACAUAUCCCGAUCACCCCUGGACUGCAGACAAAGCAGUGGACGGAUACCUUCAGCAUGAUAACAAUGAAUCUACCUGUAGUUUUACUAAGGACUUUACAUCACCAACAGCAUGGUGGAAAUUUUCUUUGAGGAAAACAGCAAACGUUGCAUACUUGGAGAUUUAUUUUAGGAAUAGAUCUGCCGAUAGACAUGUCGGGUUUUCUGUUUUCGUCUUCGAUGACCUUGGUUUUAUGCCUACGUCAUCUUCUCCCAAUAAAGUAUUUACUCAGGGAUCAUCACCUUGUCCUACCCCCGUUCUGAAUGUCACAGUUAAUAAAGCAGCCAGGGGGAUAGCGCUGUUCAACACGAAGAACCCUCCUGUAGAAACAAACUGUGAAGGUUAUGAACAAGAUAAGCGAUUUUCUACCAUUGAAACAUGUGAAGUCAAUUAUACUUACGUAAUCAAACAAUGCUUUAACAUCUGCUAUUGGUUAACAGGUUGUCCGUAUGCACAUUUCGGAGAAAACUGCUCACCAUGUGGACUGUGUCAGGACGGAUUGUGUGACGUAUUUAACGGAUCCUGUAUUCAGGGAUGCAGUACCCACGGGAUGAAACCUCCGUUCUGUAUUCUGUGCCAGGACGGUUUUUACGGGUCUGACUGCACAUUACCGUGUGGACAAUGUAGACACGGAUCACACUGUAACAAGACAACCGGUAUUUGUACAGAGGGGUGUCAGGGAAAGUGGAGUGGAACCAAAUGUGACGUAUGUGGAAAAGGUUUUUAUGGGAAAGACUGCAACAGAGCGUGUGGGAAGUGUAAACAAGACUACUGUGAUAAGGACACUGGUGUUUGUCCAAACGGAUGUCAGAGACGAUGGGACGGCUCCCGUUGUAAUGAAUGUGUGACGGGCUUUUUCGGAUUCAGUUGCGAGAACCCAUGUGGACAUUGUGUACAAACCACGUGUACACAGGAGAGUGGACACUGUUUACGAGGAUGUCAAGAGAAUUGGGAGGGUGCCAGAUGUGAUGCUCGCUUGAUGACGUCAGAACCAAACACAGGUACCAUUGGUGGGGACCUUUUUGCUACAUUGUUCGCCCUCGUUGGAAUAAUCAUGUUAAUUGUGCUCUUGAGGUACCGGAACGUAAGAAAGAGACAAAGAAGUACAAGAAGUGAACUCAACACUGGUGUCACUUCUGAGCUGAACUCUAACCAUAUUCAAGAGGGCAGACGCAGAGAUACCAGUGGAAACUCGCCUGGCGCCCCAUCCAACGUGCAGAUACCCAAUGUGGAUGGCUCGUUGGAGUGUGGCUAUUACAACUUAGCUUACAGAGGGACGGACAUUGUCAUCGAUGAACUCCAGCGUUGUAUAGCUACAAAAACCACGGGGCAAAACAACAACUUCCUUGCGGAGUACAAGGUGAUAGAUACCGAAAGUAUAUGA